UCGAUACGCAAUCAUGAAUUCAUCAUCUUCCUUAACGAAUGAUCUCAUCAUGGAGAUAUUGUCGAGAUUACCUUCAAAGUCAGUGGCUAGGUUUCGUUGCGUGUCGAAGCGAUGGGCAUCAAUGUUUGCUAGUCCCUACUUCAAGGAGUUGUUCGUGACCAGGUCCUCCGCUAAGCCGCGUCUCUUAUUCGCCAUGGCAGGCAACGUAACCGAAGAAGAUGACUAUGUGUGGAGCUUCUUCUCAACGCCUCAGCUUGAGAAUCCAUAUGAGAAAUCGUCACCAACUCUUGUAGCAGCCGCUGAAUUUCAUGUGAAGUUCUCUCCAGAAAAGUUACAGAUAUAUCAUUCUUAUGACCCAAGAUAUUUUUCAAUUGGCUACGCUUCUGGCUUGAUCUAUAUCUAUGGUUGUCGAUACCAGGGAAGACCUGUGAUAUGUAACCCCAACACAGGACGGUAUGCGAUCUUACCUGAUCGUUAUACUUACAGAAAGGCGUAUAGCUUUUUCGGGUUUGACCCCAUUGACAAGCACUACAAGGUAUUGUCCAUGCGUUAUUCAUGUGGCCCUGGUCAUAAUAAAAUUCUUACAUUAGGAGAUGGAGAUCUCACGUGGAGAAAGAUAAAGAUCUCACCAGAACGACCUGAAAUUGAGAGUGAUGGGAUAUGCAUCAAUGGGGUUUUGUAUUUCUUAGCUGUGGGAGUUGAACUGAAGUUUGAAUAUGUGAUAGUUUGCUUUGAUGUUCGGUCUGAGACAUUCACCUAUAUUGGCGUAGAAAGGUUUUGUCGAUUGAUCAACUACAAGGGCAAAUUAGCUGUGAUUUAUUGGGAGGAUGAUGAAGACAUCUAUGAGAUUUGUUUUUAUGGGAAGGAUCUCGAUGAUUAUUGGGAGGAAAAUCUCGAUGCCAUUAAUGAGUUGCGUGUGUGGGUUCUAGAGGAUCUUGAGAAACAGAAAUGGUCUAAAUAUGCCUACACUUGGACCGAUGAUAAGUUCUUCCGUCGUCACCUUUCCAUCGCUGGAGCCACUGCUUCGGGUGAAAUAGUGUUUUCCAUGCGCAAGUAUACAUCUAAACAACCGUUUUAUGUUUUUUACUUCAAUCCCGAACGGAACACUCUCCAACGUGUUGAAAUCCAAGGUUUUGGCGAAGCGUUUAAGAAAACUUGUACUGUUUGCACCUUUGUAAACCACGUAGAGGAUCUUGAUGUUAACGAUUUAAAGCAACUCAAGUCAGUCCAUCCUCCGUUAGUGAAGUCAGAAUAUUAUGAAUCAUCAGAUUCAGAAUCAGACUGAGAAGGGACAAGGAGAUGAAGGUUAGAGACGAUCAUUGGAGCUAGUUAGGUGAAACAAUGGGCAUAUCUAUGCGUUUUUUUUCUUUUUUGUCAACCUUAUCUAUUUUACUAUAUUUCUCUCUUUAACUAGCUUUAUACAUCUCUGUUAGUUCUAUCUUCUAUGUCUUUAAUCUGAGUAU